AUGGAUUUGAGAAGCCUGGUGAGGGCGAAGAGGACAACGGAAAUCCUCUUACAGGGCGAAAGUCACGGAAUCAUUUAUGAAGGAUACGAUAAAGCUUUCAUUCAAUGUAUCUUCGAAGAGGGAAGUAUUCAGGGAAGAAACGAAAGAUACGAGUUUCGCUGUGAUGCAAGCCUUCAAUGCUGUGGUCGAUCGUGUUGCAUCCCCGAGGACGCCACGAUUCCACUUUGGCUUCUCAUUCUCUUCAUCAUUUUGGCCUCGUUGAUAGCUUUGGCUCUUCUCGCCACGCUCGCCUACCUUUUGGCACAAAAGUUGAAGAAUCGACCAAAGAAACAAACGAACGCCUAUCAAACGCUCACCGACAACGGACUCGACAAAUCACAUCUAAUGGAAGAAGAGAAGUACUCAAGUCCAUACGCCAAAUUCGUUCCCUCGCCGAUGUCCGAAGAGAAUCUGAAAUCGCCACAAGCCGUCAAAAUCAUUCAGCGAUCCGAGCACGAGAUCUCGCGCGCCGGUGACGCCGAUGUGAAGGAGAUCGAGCCGCUCGUGCCUCAACGAGCUCAAAAAGCCUUCUACAGACCAUUUGUGGCGGAUGCUGUUGAAGAGUUGGACAUGCCCCGCCCACUCCGUGACUCCGUCUCGCAUCACUCGAUCGCCGAAAUCAGCCAAGCCCGAUUACCGCAAGUGUCCGCCGUGGAGCAGCCGAAAGGCCGAAACGCUGAGCGACUCUACAAAAGACCCGGAUUUGACAAUGUGCCCUCGUACAAC